AUGGACUCGACUGCACAAGUCCACGACUCAGUGACUAUCACUACCAGCAGUAGCAGCCAUAGCAGGAACAACGACAUUGAUCACGCCAUGGACAACGCUCCCAAGACAGGACGCAAGUCCUUCCAGUUCCGCGCCUUGGGCCGGAAAACGCUUUCUUAUCAACGUCGCCAAGUGUUUGUCAAUAUAUGCUGUAUUGGCCUGUGCCCCAUUCUGAUGGUCCUCAUUGCGGGUGCGAUGGGUAUCGGCAUCACCCACCUGAUCGACAACCUCGGCAACCCUGCAGACUACCUGCUGUGCUCAGAUGUCAAUGCAAUGACGCCCCAGGGUUUCCCCAUGGUCCCUACCACCAAAAAGCAAGUCGUCGACUUCCCUACCUCGCCUGGCUCUGAAAUCCCCAACGCUAAAAAGGAUGCAACCAUCAACCACGUCAAUUGGUACGUUAUCACUGGAUCCCUCGGAUUCGGAGCCGCCCCCACCAUCUCUGCCGACAGUUGUGUCUGGUGGUUCGAAAAGGACUACCCUUACUCGUCGCCCUAUGCCGUCAACCCCAACAUCACCACCCCCGGCGCCAACCUCGACAGCACCUACAAGCCCCAGCCUGUUGGCGGUUGGUUGGGCCCCGUAGAACUGGCUGUUCCUAUUGAUCUCACUUCCCAGCAAAUGUAUCCCAUGGUCCUCGCAGCCGACAACACCGGUGGUCAAAUGGGCACCCGUCCCAGGCAGCCUCAGGUCGACCCCAAGAGCGGCAACUUAACGGGAGACCCAUUCGGAACUGGACUUUUGGGCGCGAUGGAUACACGUUACUUCGCCAACAUUACAACGAACACCGCAACUGGAUUCCCAGCAGUUACCGGCUUCCAACCUGUGCCAUUCUACGAACAGAUCAAGGGAGUCGAUGCGGACGUUGAUGACGCGCUGACUGGUCAGAUCAGGGUACUCGUCGAUGGUUUGGCGCGUGUUGACAAGUCAGCGCUGCUCUCCAAAGAGCCAGACCCAGGGCAGUUGGUCCAGUACUAUUCGCAAAUUGGAGCUCUCGUUCAGAACAUGCCCAUCGGAGCCUUGAUCUUCAACGCCAUUGAUGCCGUCGCCAGAAAAUUCGAUUACACUCUGCAGAUUGGAACAGAUAUUCGUCUAGCCCAGGCUGCCAACUACCCCAACCGUGGUUUCCGUCUGAUGCAACAGCACACCGCUCUUUCCAACGCCAUCUUGAAAACAUCCACGACUGCCAAUGCUACCAGGAUCACCCACGGUUUCCGCGGCAUGCCCCAAUUGUUCUCCUCCAAAGCCGAGAUUCCCAUCGCCUCCAUGGUCGGGCGUAUCUUGUAUCCCUUUGGUGUUUCCUUCUUGCUGCCUAUUUUCGUCAUCACUCUCGUCAAAGAGAAGGAGGACCGCAUUCUUGUCAUGAUGCGCAUGAGUGGCCUCAAGUCGAUCACAUACUACAUUGCCCACUAUAUCCACUUUUACAUCCUCCACGUCAUCUCCUCGAUCAUGUUCGUCAUUGCAGGAAUUGCCUUCAGCAUGCCCUUCUUUACAAGGAUCGAGGCGGGUGUCUUUAUCCUCUUGUUCUUUCUCUGGGGUCACGUCCAAAUUGCUCUGGCCUUCUUCCUGUCUUGCUUCUUCAGCAAGUCGCGCACAGCCUUGGUUAUUGUGUUCUUGCUGGUUCUCUGCGGUGUCAUCGUCUCUCUUGCCACCGAGAGUAUCUUUAUGGAUGACCCAGCUCCUCUUGGAUACUUCGUCUGGCCCGCCUUUGCCUUCUACCGCGCUCUGUCGGUGAUGAACCGGUCGAGUUACGAUUCGAGCUACCAGCCCUACAAAAUGUCUGACCUCAAAGGAUCGGACGAGGUCCUCCAGGUCAUGAUUGCCUUGGUUAUUGCCACUUUUGUCUUCCUCGCUUUGGCCUUCUACCUGACCGAGGUUCUCCCCACUGAGUUUGGCGUCCGUCAACCCUGGCACUUUAUCUUCUCAGGCCCUUACAAGAAGUUGUUUGGCAAGAAGGAGGACAAGAAGAUUGCAGGUGACAUCGAGGGCCAGCGUCGCAAUGAUCGCACUGGAUCGCAGCGAGAGAUUGUUCAGGGAGAGAUCCCCUUGGAUCCUGAGGAGGUCCAGUUCGAGGAUGGAGAUGUCAAGCAGGAGCGUCUCCGUGUCCUCCAUGACGAAUUUGCUCCAGAUUCGCCCUUGGUCAUGAAGAACAUGCGCAAGAUCUAUCCCAGCAACGGCAAGCUUGCUGUUAAAAACGUUACAUUCGCCGUCGAAAAGGACACCAUCUUUGGUCUCUUGGGACCCAACGGUGCUGGAAAGACCUCGUUGAUCCACAUUUUGACUGGAUUGUACGAGCCGACCCAAGGAUGGGCCCGUUUGGCAGGCUAUGAGCUGGAUACCGAGAUCAAGGAUGUCUACCGCAACAUUGGCGUUUGCCCCCAGCACGAUAUUCUUUGGGACGAUCUGACUGUUGGCGAACAUCUCUACUUCUAUGCCCGUCUCAAGGGUAUUGUUGCUGCCGAUGAGCGCGCCGCUGUCUUGUCAUCACUGAACGCUGUUUCCUUGAUGCCAUUUGAGAACCGCUUGACCAAGGGACUUAGUGGUGGUGAGAAGCGCCGUUUGUCGAUCGCCAUUGCUCUGGUCGGUAACCCCGGUAUUGUCUUCUUGGAUGAGCCCACGACUGGACUCGAUAUUUCCGUCCGUCGUCUUAUCUGGGAUAUUAUCUCGCAUGCCAAGCAGGGACGUACCAUCAUUCUGACGACCCACUCGAUGGAGGAGGCCGAGAUUUUGUGCGCGCGCAUUGGUAUCAUGGCCAAGGGUACGUUGCGCUGCAUUGGAGGUCAGAUCCGCCUCAAGGAGCUGUAUGGUCGUGGCUUCAAGAUUACUUUUGCUUGCCGCCCCGAGAAUGUUGACCGUGCUUCGGCCUACAUUGCAUCGUUGCUGCCGUCGACGGCCAAGAGGCUCGAUGCCUUUGUGACCUCGGAGUCGUGGGAGUUUGAGACCAGCCCUGGGUUGAUCCAGCGGUUGUUUGAGGAUAUUGAGGCCCACAAGCACGAGCACGGCAUUGAUGACUGGGGCUUGAGCCAGACCACGCUGGAGGAGGUCUUCCUGAGGAUCAUCCAGGAUGCCGAUGCUGACGCCUAG